AUGCAAAAAGUCGAUUGUUUAAUUGUUGGAGGUGGAAUUGUUGGAGUCGCUGUUGCUCGUAAUCUGCAAUCAACAUUUUCAAAUUUGAAAUGUUUAUUAGUCGAGAAAGAAGAUAUCCUUGCUAAGCACCAAACGGGUCAUAAUUCCGGUGUGAUACAUGCUGGAGUUUAUUAUAAACCUGAUUCAUUGAAGGCCAAGCUAUGUAUCGAAGGUUUAAAGCGAAUUUAUGAAUAUUGUGAUGCGAAUCAUUUACCAUACAGAAAAUGCGGCAAAAUUAUCGUUGCGGUUGAGCGUGAUCAAUUAGCACGGUUGGAUGAUUUAUAUCAGCGAGCAAAACAAAAUGGUGUUCAGGAUGUCAGAAUGCUUGAUUCGAAUCAAAUUCGAGAAAUCGAGCCGAAUUGUCGAGGUAUUCGCGCCAUCCAUAGUCCACAUACCGGUAUUGUUGAUUACGGUUUGUUGUGUCGACAUUUUGGCAAAAGUUUCGAACAACUUGGUGGACGUAUUGCACUUAAUUUUGAAGCGGACAAGUUUCUUCCAUCCGAUGAUCCCUCGUAUCCAAUACGAAUAACAAGCAAAACUAACUCAAGUUAUCUUAGUCGAUAUGUGAUUACUUGUGGUGGAUUACAAGCAGAUCAACUUGCCAUGGCUUGUGGAGGCUCAAAAAACCCAACUAUUGUACCAUUUCGCGGAGAUUAUCUUAAAUUGAAAAGAAACACCGAGAAAUUGAAGAUUAAUGGAAAUAUCUAUCCGGUUCCUGACCCCAAAUUUCCUUUUCUCGGUGUUCACUUUACUCCAAGAAUGGAUGGUUCAGUAUGGCUUGGCCCAAACGCUGUUCUUUCAAUGAAACGUGAGGGAUAUGGUUUGUUGGACUUUAGUCCUCGUGAUAUGAUUGAUCACGUAUUAAAUGGUGGUCUUCGUAAACUUGCUUGGAAACAUCUUGGUUAUGGUUUUAAUGAAAUGCGUCGGGCUUAUUCGUUGAGAGCAACCGUUCACGAAUUACAAAAAUUCGUUCCCGCAUUGAAUGUCAGUGACGUCGAGCGUGGACCAAGUGGUGUUCGUGCACAAGCAUUGUCAUCUGAUGGAAAUCUUGUAGAAGAUUUCGUGUUUGAAACAGUGAAUACCGGCGAUUUGAAAAAUCGUAUUUUACAUGUUCGAAAUGCACCAAGUCCAGCUGCUACAUCUUCGUUACCAAUUGCCGAUAUGAUAAGAUUAUUGUCAAUCAUCAUGUCACUCGCUCAACAACUCGCAGAAAUGGGUUUUCAGCAACCUCAAAUAGAUAGCGCGAUUAACACAGGUAAAGCAGCGAAUUUAGAACAAGCGAUCGAUUGGAUCACAUCACAUGAAGGUGAAAUCGCGUCGGGAGGUGUAGAGAGUGCUCAACCCACACUUAAUUUGAGCUCUAGUACGGCAGCAACGACGACAGAAGCAGCUAGCGAAGCGAAUUCAUUGAAAUGUGAUGAAUGUGGUAAAUUAUUGAAAGAUGCUGAUAUGGCUACAGCGCAUGCUUUAAGAACGAACCAUUCAAGUUUUUCGGAAUGUACAGAAGCGAUUAAACCGCUAACAGUUGAGGAAAAAGAAGAAAUGAAAAAAAAACUUCAGGAACGUAUCGUCGCCAGACGUCAGGAGCAAAAAAUAGCUGAAGAACAAAAAGCUAUUGAAAUGGAGAAGAAACGUAUCGUUGAUGGCAAAACUUUAUCAGAUUUAAAGCAAAAACGUGAAGAAGAAGAAAUGAAGAAAAUCGCCGAAGCCAAUCGUCGUGAAAAGAUCGAAACUCAACUCGCUAAACAACGUGCGAUUGAACAAAUUGAAGCCGAUAAACGCGCUCGACGCGAAAAAGCCGCUGCUGAGAAGAACGGAGGAAUUGUCGGAGACGUUCCUACACCUAAACCUCAACCCAUCGUUCCUCCUCAACCCGCACGACAAUACGAUGAAUGUAAUUUACAAGUCCGUUUGUCUGACGGUUCGACUGUUCGUCAACUGUUCAAAGCAGCUGAUCGAUUCGAAAAAGUUAUGGAAUGGAUUCGUGGAACUCAACAAUCUGGUCCAUUUAUUCUUGUACAAAACUUUCCUAAGAAAGAUUUCAAUGAAAAUGAUAACCAUAAGACAUUGACUGAACUUGGUCUCGUCCCGUCCGGAUCAUUGAUGGUAAAAGCCUUGGCACAUUUUCAAACAUAG